ACUUCAGUGUCGAACGACGCGGAUUUCAGACGAGAAGUGGCCCAGAGCAAGAAGAAGCGAUUAGAGCCGAUUUUGUGAGCCACACAGAAACUUGCAACACACACCAAAAACACUUACACACAGACACAAAACACCCAUACACCCAAACGUUGUGCACAAAAGUGGAGUUGAGAGACACUGAGCGAAACGGGACGCGAGACAAAAAGUGAUUUGCGAGUGCGCCGCAGCUGCUACAAGGAGUUGGAGUUUGAUUCAUUGAUUGACGGAAACCGAAGCGAUGCGUCUCGACACGAACUCAAAUGUGGACUUUAAAGCAUUCGAAUCCAGCUCCAGCCCAUGUCUCGUCAAACUGGAUAACCUGGCCACCUGGGGUGGCUCACAGAAAACAGACACACGGCUGCCGAUCACGGACUAUUCGUCCUUGGGCGGACCACGGCACAACCGCAGUCCGUUUCCCCUGUCCAAAGAUGUCAACAAUCGCUUUGUAAUAUGGGACGGUGACAUGACCACAUUGGAUGUGGACGCCAUCACAAAUACCAGCGAUGAGAUUCUGACUGAAAGCAAUAGCAUAUCGGAGCGGAUCUUUGCCGUGGCUGGCAACCAGCUGCGCGAGGAGCUGAGCACCACUGUCAAGGAGUGCCGCACUGGGGAUGUGCGCAUCACGCGUGGAUACAAUCUGCCCGCCAAGUACGUGCUGCAUACGGUGGCACCUGCCUACAGGGAAAAGUUCAAGACGGCGGCGGAGAACACAUUGCACUGCUGCUACAGAAAUGUCCUGUGCAAGGCGAAGGAGCUGAACCUGCACACUAUUGCCCUGUGCAACAUCAGUGCAAACCAAAAGAGUUUUCCCGCGGAUGUGGCCGCCCACAUUGCCCUGCGUACUAUCCGUCGAUAUCUGGACAAGUGCACCCUGCAGGUUGUGAUAUUGUGCGUGGGCACCAACGAGCGUGGCACGUACGAGGUUUUGGCCCCACUGUACUUCCCCCGGGAUCAGCUGGAGGAGCGCAGUGCCCUGUGGCAACUGCCCAAGGACAUUGGCGGCGAGUUCGGUGAGCCACAGCACCCGGAUCCCGAUCGCCAGAUACGCAUUAUCCGCAAUCCCCAGCACAGUGUCCACAUGCGUCAUCGUCAGGCCGACGACGAUUCAGACGUCAGUCCGCACGACAUGGAAGGUAACAGCUCGGAUCUGGAGUAUGGAGCUCGGGAUAUGAACGGUCUCAGCCUGAAUUCCUAUAGCAGUGGCUUGCAGGCCCAGCUUCAGCGGGAUUUGGACCGACAGCAUCUGCUCAGCGAUCGUCCGCGCACUGGAGUUUAUGAGAAUGUCAUAUCCGAAGGAGUAGAAGGCAUCGAGCACCAAGAGAGAUACGAACGCCUUUUGCGUCGCGCCCAAGUCGAGGACUUGACGGAGGUCUCCGGCAUUGGCUGCCUUUACCAGAGCGGCGUGGAUCGCCUGGGUCGGCCUGUGAUUGUGUUCUGCGGCAAAUGGUUCCCCGCCCAGAACAUUGACCUGGAGAAGGCCUUGCUAUAUCUGAUUAAGCUACUGGAUCCCAUCGUUAAAGGAGACUAUGUCAUUUCGUACUUCCACACGCUGACGUCCACCAACAACUAUCCUUCGCUGCACUGGCUGCGCGAGGUCUACAGUGUGUUGCCCUACAAGUACAAGAAGAACCUGAAGGCCUUCUACAUAGUGCAUCCCACAUUCUGGACUAAAAUGAUGACCUGGUGGUUUACCACCUUUAUGGCGCCAGCCAUUAAGGCCAAAGUGCAUUCGCUGCCGGGUGUGGAGCAUCUGUACUCGGCCAUCACAAAGGAUCAGCUGGAAAUUCCCGCCUACAUUACCGAAUACGACAUGGCGACCAAUGGCCUGCAUUACUUCAAUCCUGUGCCGACUGCCUCGUAGAUGGCGGCCAUUGUAGCUGUCUAAAGACAGUGAUCAGCCACCAUAGCAUAUAUAUAUAUAUAGAUACACACACUUGUGAAGUUUUUAUAGAUUUUAUAUAGAACGUAUUUUGUUUUCUUGAUAAGUAAUAUUUGUUUACUUGCGCAUAACUUUCGAUGUUGUCGUUUAUCGAUUGACUUGCCGCAAGUUUUGUUGAACAUUGUGUAGCAUACUUUUAUGGGAGUGGCAGAGUCGCCCGAUCCCCCCCACACAACAAAAACAAAAAAAAACCAAAACCAAUUAGCUAAAAGAUUAAAAUCGGCAUCCCAAAAGCAAAAACCAAAACCAGAUAAUUGUGUAAAACAUUCUUAUGAAGUGCAUGGAAAUUAGUUAAUUAGUUGGCAUUGGCAAUUGAUUGAACAACCAAAAACCCUUGUUAAUUCGCUACAAAAAGAAACUAGAUGUUGAAUUAUUGGUAGGUGACAGACCAGAGGGUAUGGGGGUAAGGAUACCAAAAGGAAACCAAAAAAAAAAUAACGUUGGCAAUGCUGAACAAAAUGAAAUUUGAUUAGAGAACCUGCAUAUACCGAUAUAUAUACAAGAUUAUUCUAAAUAUCAAAAUUGAUAAAUUGUACUUGAUUAAACGGAAAGGAAACAAAACUACAUGAUUAAGUAUACAUAUUGUUAGUUAUCUUUGCAAUUACAAAUUGUAUUAUUAAUGUAUUAAUACUAGAGCUAAAGCGUAUGCAGUUUGAUCCCCCGAUAUAUACACACAUACGUACUAUAAUUCAAUUGUAUUUAUACAUAACUAUAUAUACUAAAUAUACACCACUAAUAAAUUAAAACCAAACAAACAAAAA